CAGGGCUGGAAGGAAAAAGUGGUGAAGGAACUAAUUAGAGUGACCAAGCUGGACAAGGAUUUAGAGUAUAGCCAGCCGGGUGUGAUUGUAAUGAUACCUCAUAUGACGAAUGCUGGAACCAAUCCUCUAUCCAGUAAAGAUGUUUUGGAAGAGUUUGGUAAAUUUAAGGAUGUAGUAGCCAUAGAAAAAAAAGACAAAUUAAAUAUGGACGUUGGGCAGGCAGGAAAGUCUGGAUCUUACGAGGAAGCGAUUAAGACCGUACGUUCUCAUGCACUUUCCGAAGAUGGAUAUGCGCAAUUGUUAAUUGAUUUUGCUGAGCCUGGGAUGUUACCGUAUUGUUGUAAAUAA